UUCCUGGAGCAAAGUUACGGGCUUGAUUUUCUAGCAGAGCUGGCCCCGGAGGGUUUUGUGCUGCGCUGUGAGUGCUACUGCAGGGACCUGUGUGGAGAACAUGGGUGAGCAAGAAAGCCACGACAUGAAGGCAGUGACCUAUGAAGAUGUGCGCAUUGACUUCACUCAGGAUGAGUGGGCUUUGCUCAGUCCUUCUCAGAAGAGUCUCUACAAAAAUGUGAUGCUGGAGACACGCACAAACCUCACAGCCAUAGGCUACAGUUGGGAAGACCAUAAUUCUGAAGAACAUUGUCAAAGUGCUAGAAGACACAGGAGGCAUGAAAGAAGCCAUAAUGGAGAGAAACGCUCUGAAUAUACUCAACGUGGUAAAUCCUCUGCAUGUUACAGACAUCCUCAAAGGCAUGAAAAUAACCAUUCUGCAGAGAAACCGUGUGAUGUUAUUCAAUAUGAUGAAGCCUUUGCAGGUACCAGUUGUCUCCAAAAACAUGCUGGAGAGAAACACUAUGAAUGUAACCAAUUCAGUAAAGCUCUUGCCAGUCAUGGUAAGCUCCAAAAACAUAAAAGAAAAUAUAGUGUAGAGAAGCCCUUUGAAUGUAAUCAGUGUGAUAAAGCUUUCUCACAACCCUCUAAACUCCGAAGACAUAAAAGAACACAUAGUGGAGAGAAACACUAUGAAUGUACUCAGUGUAGUAAGGUCUUUGCAAGUCAAUAUGAUCUUCAUGUACAUAAAAGAACACAUACUGGAGAGAAACCCUACUCAUGCAAUCAAUGUGGUAAAGCCUUUUCACAGAAAAGUCAUCUCCGAGUACAUGAAAGAACACAUACUGGAGAGAAACCCUAUGAAUGUACUGAAUGUGGAAAAUUCUUUGCAGAUCACAAUAAUCUUCAAGUUCAUAAAAGAACACAUACUGGAGAGAAGCCCUUUGCAUGUAAUCAAUGUCAUAAAACAUUUUCACAGAAGAGUAAUCUUCGUGUACAUCAAAAAACACAUACUGGAGAGAAACCCUAUAAAUGUACUAAAUGUAGAGAAUUCUUUGCAUAUCAUAAUGAUCUUCAAGUACAUGAAAGAACACAUUCUGGAGAGAAGAUUUUUGCAUGUAAUCAAUGUGAUAAAGUCUUUUCAAACAAUAGUAAUCUCCGUUUCCAUCAAAGAACACAUACUGGAGUGAAGCCCUUUGAAUGCAAUCGAUGUGGUAAAGCUUUUUCACGACGCUCUAAACUCCAAAUACAUGAAAGAAUACAUACUGGAGAGAAACCCUAUGAAUGUACUGAAUGUGGUAAAUUAUUUGCAUAUCUCGAUAAUCUUCAAGUACAUAAAAGAACACAUACUGGAGAGAAGCCCUUUGCAUGUAAUCAGUGUGAUAAAGCAUUUUCACAGAAGAGUAAUCUCCAUGUACAUGAAAGAACACAUACAGGAGAGAAGCCCUAUGAAUGUAAUCAGUGUGGUAAAGCCUUUUCAUAUGUUAGUGUUCUUCAAUAUCACCAAAGAACACAUACUGGAGAGAAACCUUAUAAAUGCAAUCAAUGUAGUAAAGCCUUUGUAUCUUGUAGAAGUCUCCACAUCCAUCAAAGAACACAUGCUAAAUAGAAACCCUACAAUUUUAGUCAAUGUGGUAGAGACUUUGUAUGUGUCAUCAGGCUUUAAAAUCUUGAGAAAAAAAUCAUAUUGCAGAGAAAUUCUUCUUUUUUCUUUUUUGGUUUUUCAAGACAGGGUUUCUCUGUAGUAUUGAAGUCUGUCCUGGACCUUACUCAUAGGCGAGGCUGGCCUUGAACACACAGAGAUUUGUCUGUCUUGUCUCUGCCUCCUGAGUGCUCAAUUAAAGGGUGUUCCACCAGCGUCUGGCCAGAGCAACUCUUUAAGUGCAAUCAGUGUGGUAAAGUUUUCCUCCUCUUGGUAGUCUUUAUACAAGAGUAAAACUUUUAGUGGUUGAUACGUCUAUUAAAGCCUUUGCAUAUCACAGUACAAUUUGAGGUACUGAGAAGAUUCAUACUAAAGGGAAUGUGACUAUAAAUGUUUUGGAAAUAUCUUCAGCCAGCACACAUUUACUUACAUAAGACUGGGAAGGAAAAAACUCUAGUGUCAAAUCUGUUCAAGCAUCAUAAGGUUUUCCUUUUAUUUGCACCUACAAAAUCAUAUGGACAGAAGUCCUGUGAAUUCGAUGAUAAGGUAACUCUUUUUGAUUUCACACUUUUCUUCAAUUACAUAAAACAGUUAUCCAAAUGAAAAUUUUGUAUAUGUGUAUGAGUGCCUCUUCUUUGUCUGUGUUAUUGCAUAAUGUCUAAGUCAGUUUAUGAAAGGGUUUAAUGUAACCCUGGUUUAUAGACGGUUACAGGAUUACCUUGAAAGUCUCAUGGCAAAAAAUGUCAAACAUGGCAGCUACUUUAGGAAGCCAAGAACUCACAUCCUCAGCCUGUGGCAUAAACCAGGAGUAGGAACUUGAAAUGAUGUGUGAAUGUUCAGUCUCAGGCCCAACCCCUGUGACAUAUUUCUCCCAGGAAGACUGUAUUUCCCAAAUCUUCCCAAAUGAUGCCACCAAUUGAGAAGAAUGAAUUUCUAUAACUUCAAGUCUACAUGCUUGCUUUCUCUUCCAUGAGCCCAUUCUUGAUGCAGAAAAACUCUAUAAGUAAGCCUUUAAAUGCCUCAACACCUGGGUUACAGGAAUGAAUACCUAUAGGAGAAAAAACAUUCAUGACUGAAAAUUUGUUUGGAAAAGAUUUGAUUUCAUUUGAAUUAUGGAUGUCCAUGUGUCUUUGUGUGGUAUGCGAAUGUUCGUGCUUCUUAGCAAAUAGGAUAGACCCUUGUGUAUUCCUCUAGCAGGAACUGCAAGAAGUUCUUAAAAACCUGACCUCCCCCCCCCUUUUUUUUUUUUGCAAAUGAACUUGACAUAACUGCUUGUCCAUGUUUUGAGUCCUGUAAAUAUUUUAAAUACCUACUUUAUCAUCUUGAUAUUCAGGUAGCAGGGAAGAACUCCUGCAAGA